UCCUGUGCGGUGGACGGUCAUUAAUUAUUUGUGGCCAAGGAUCCAGCCAGGGCCAGCAACAGCAGCAGCAGCUAGGGAUUUCAAAAGACACUACGCCCUCUUCCUCCUGGAUCAGUUGCUAGGAUGGUUGCUUCUUCAUUCCUGUUGCUGGAGGGUUGCUGCCACUGGUGUGCCUCAGCCCAGAUUGUCGUUGGAAGACACCACCGAAGCCUGUCCAAGCACAAGCUGCAAUUGAGAAAGCCUCUCGUUAUUUCGGAGUCUGGUCAGGAGACCUCGUUUAGCAGAAGGCGUGCCGUGUUAUUAUGCGGUGGAAUUUCUCUCGUUUCGGCUCUCACUUCAAGCUGCGUCCCUGUAAAAGCUGCAGCGGAGGAAAAGAGUCGGAGGUCUCAGGGGGCCGAGGAGGGAGAAACUGGAGCCGUUGGUGCUAUCAAAUCCCUGUUCGAUCCGAAUGAGAAAACCAAGUCAGGAAAGGUACUGCCCAAGGCUUACUUGAAGGCUGCGAGGGAAGUGGUGAAGACUCUCCGAGAGUCUCUGGAGGAAGAUGGCAAGGAUGUCGCCAAGUUUAGGAGAAGUGCUGAUGCUGCCAAGGAGUCAAUUAGAGACUACUUGAAUGGGUGGAGAGGACAGCGGGCCAUAAGCCAAGAGGAAUCAUAUGUUGCACUGGAGAAAGCAAUCAGGUCCCUCGCGAGCUUCUAUUCGAAAGCUGGCCCUUUUGCAGCGCUCUCAGAGGAAGUGAAAAUGAGCAUUCUGGAUGACUUGAACACUGCAGAAGCAUAUCUAUAGCUAAACGUGACCCUCAAUUGUGUUCUGAAUCUUGUUGGCCAUUCGAUCCUCUUGUUUCGGUUUAGUUUUUACCUCUUUCUUGAUGGUUUGCCCCUUUGGUACAUCAGUACUCGUUUGUUUUCCCUCAUACGAGGGUCAUAAGCUGAUUAAACUAUGUUGAGAACCUUGUGGUUGCAUAUUUGUUUGCAUGUUGUCUUCUGAUCA